AUGAGUCGAACCACAAACAGAGAUAGAAAUGAAUCGGGGUUGUUUUUGUUCUUUGACAAUCUUAAGUCGUUGUUGGGGUCAGUUGUAUCGUUUGAAGAGCAAAGCAGGUCUCAAGGAUUGUCAGUGGAGGAGAUUGACGAGGUAGUAGAUCGACUGAAUGUUGCUGCAGAUACUCUUCAAUUACUUAUAACAGAUAUUGAUGGCAAUGAUGCAUUUGCUGAUGUGACAGUAAAUUUGAACACUACUGUCAACAAGGUGAGACGCUUGUCUAAUAUUUUACAACAAUACAAGAACAACACCUCUGCAUCAGCCUGGGAAAAUUCCUAUAACUGUCCAAUCGCUUCAACGGAGAACCGUCCAGGUCGCCCACAUUAUGUUAUUAGGGAAGAGCAAAUUCGAUUUCUAAGAGAAUUGCACUUCUCUUGGAUAAAGAUUGCAAAUCUUCUUGGAUUUACUUGUAUGGUAUGACAACAGAGGAGGAACCAAACUGGGCAAUGAUUACGGACGAUGAGUUGGAAAGAACCGUUCGAGAAAUCCAAGAAUUAACUCCUAAUAUAGGACAUGCACGACUACUUGGUGCACUAAGAAGCAGGGGUCUAAAUAUUCAGCGGAGGCGAGUGAGAAAUUGCCUUCGCUCUAUUGAUCCCAUUGGUACAGCACUACGGUGGCGUUCACCAAUUUGUUGAAGAAAAUACGUGUCGAAGAACACCUACGGAUUACCGUCGAGGGUCCGAAGUGACCAUGGUAUGGAAAAUUUCAAAGUGGCGCAGUUUAUGUUACAACACAGAGGCACUGGAAGAGGAAGCAUCAUUACCGGUAGUUCGGUACACAACUCCCGUGUUGAGAGGGCUCACAGAGAUGUUUACUCUGGAGUACUUUGUUUCUUUGCAAGAACAUUUACUCGAUUGGAAGAUAAUCAGCUCCUGGACCCGCUCAAUGAGUUACAUUUAUUUGCACUGCAUUAUAUAUAUAUAUCCCCAGAAUAAAUAAAUGUUUACAAGAAUUCAAAAGCCAGUGGAAAAACCAUCCCUUAUCAUCUGAACGAAAUCGCACUCCACUUCAAUUAUUUACGUCUGGUGUAAUUCAAAAUCAACAGUCAGGUUAUUCUGGAGUUCAAAGUAUCUUAGAUGCUGGAUAUACGCCCAAUUAUGGGUUUGAUCCGUCUGGUCCAUUAUCUGUGGAGGACGAUGACUAUCAAGUUGUAGUUCCAGAAACAAACAUCCAAAUUUCUAGUGAACAGAUGACAAAUUUGGCAAACCAAUGCAACCCUUUGCAAGAAGAUGGUACAAAUGGUCAAAAUACGUAUCUUCAGUGUCUUGCAAUUUUAAAUUCUAUGAUUUAA